GCAAUGUGUGGGUAUAUUACACAUAGAAUUUUUAAUGUUUGGUUUCGUCAUAAACACAAAUUAUCGUUUCUAUGCAUGAUGACAUUAUUUUUCCAUUUACCCGAAUUAAUAUCAACAACAUGUACCUGGACUAAAAUUAAGGGAAAUGAAAGCUUUGUUUGUCAAGGCGAAAUAUUGGAAAAUUUAGAAAAGUUAACGUAUAAUGAAGACGAAAUUGUUUACGGAGGCUUGAAUCAUCUUUACAAAAUAGAGUUGAAUUCUUUACAAGACGAGCAGAUGCAAUGGGAUAGCACUUUAUAUGAUAAAGAAAUUUGUCGAGUUAAAUGGGGUACUCAGGAAUCAGAUCUAUGUAACAAUUACAUAAGAAUAUAUGACGCUAUCUCCACAGAUCAUUAUCUAGUAUGUGGUACACAUUGUUUGAGACCUUUAUGCAGAAUAUAUAAAAAAAAUAGCGACGGAUAUGAAAUAGUAAAUGAAUUUUCGGCAGAAGGAUUGUGCAAACACAGACCUCUAACUGAUAGUACUGCAACAGUAAUUGAUGGAAAAAUAUUUGCUGGUACUCACGAAGGAGAAAUUGAUGUUUAUCCUGUAAUUCAGAGUAAACAUAUAAAAACGACAUCGGCCGACGAAUUACAGGAGUCAGUUUUUGUAGGAUCGUUUCAACAUGAUAAAUUUGUUUAUUUUUUCUUUAGAGAAGCAAAUGUAGAACUUGAUACUGGAAAAAAGGUAAUAUAUUCAAAAGUCGCUAGAGUUUGUAUUAACGACAAAGGUUAUAAAAUGGAAGAUAUAGAGAAAUGGACGUCAUUUUUUAAAUCUCGUCUUAUUUGUGUCACAUCGGGAAUUAAUCCAUAUUUUUACGAUCAAAUACAAGCCAUAAGUAAAAUCGUAAAUGGAGAUAAUGAAAUAUUUUAUGGUAUUUUUAAUUCCGACGAACCUCUUCCCAUUUCAUCAGCAAUAUGUGCAUUUAGUAUGAAGGAUAUUCAAAAUGUUUUUGAUGGUGAUUUUAAAGGAACUGAAGGACCUGUUUCAUCUGAAAAUAUCCCUAUACCAAGACCCGGAACCUGCGCUGAUUAUUCUUCUGGAGUUAGUGAAGAAUUAAAGAAUUUCUUAAUUACUCACGCCGAAAUGAAUAAUCUUGUUUAUUCGUAUUUGAAGGAUCCUGUUCUCAUAAAUCAAGACUUUCGUUGUCGCUACACUUCAAUAUUUGUGGAUCCACAAGUAAGAUCUCUUAAAGAUAAACUCUACGAUAUCCUCUAUAUUGGAACUGAAUGCGGUACAGUGAAAAAAGCAUUAAGUACUUAUGAGAAAGGAUCGAAUGCACCCAAAAUUAUCGAAACUUUCCAAUUGUUUCCUGAUAUAGAAAUAGUUAAAAGUGUACACAUUUAUAAGGAAAAGCUCCUCGUACAAUCAACAAACAUGAUUAUAAUAGUAAAUACUGAUAGAUGUAAACAACACACAUGCAAUUGCACUGAAUGCAUUCGGUUACGUGAUCCGUAUUACGCUUGGAAUAUGAACAAAUCAAAAUGUGAGAAAAUUUAUCACAAGAGAGGGAAUGACGUUUAUUUACAAGAUGUGGAAAACACAGGCGAGGAUGAAACCUGCUGUCAUACUUCAAAUUCAGAAUCAAAUUUAUUGAAGACAACGACAGGAAUCGAAAUUUUCAAAUUAUCAACAUGCGUUAUUUUAUUUAUCUCUAUUUCUAAUUUUAUUGUUUAAUAAUAUAACAUUCAUGUUUCAUUAGGAAUAUAAUGUAAUCAAUAAGCAAAUUUCAGUGUAGAUCAAGUUUCCUGUUUACAAAAAGAAGCUAGUUGAUAUGUAUUAUUUAUAAGACUAAAAUCUUUAAAACUUAUAAGAUUAUUAAAUAAUUUCAAUACUAAAUUCUGUAUUUAAUAUAUGUAGACAUGUUUUCAUAUUGUUUGGCUGUAAUAAACAUUAUUAUUACGUGCUGCCGACU